AUGACGGGAUCUGGCGAAAAGUCCGAGUCUGGGGGCGAUAACAUCUUUAAAAGCUUCGUGGGCGACAUGAAGGAGAAGCUUCAUGAUUCAAAGCUCCAGGAUGUCAAAGUAGCCCUCCACCACAAACGAGCCCAAAUAGGAAAGAUUGGAAACAUCUUCAACAAAAACCACCGCCACGACGAGGCCCACGAGCAGGCCUGCGACGAGAAGCGAACCGCCGCCUGCGGGUCCCACCGCUUCGAGUCCUACUUCCCCGAGCGCGACGGGAACCUCGUCAAGUGGUACGUCGACGGCCGCGACUACUUCUGGGCCGUCUCCGUCGCCCUCGAGCAGGCCACCGAGUCCAUCUACCUCGCCGACUGGUGGAUCUCGCCCGAGCUCUUCCUGCGCCGGCCCCCGCACUACAAGCAGGAGUUCCGCCUCGACCAGAUCCUCAAGCGCAAGGCCGAGGCCGGCGUCAAAAUCUUCGUCAUGGUCUACAAGGAGGUCGAGGCCGCCCUGACCUGCAACUCCAUCCACACCAAGCACGCCCUCCAGGCGCUCUGCCCCGAGGGUAGCCCCGGCCACGGCAACAUCCGCAUCCUGCGCCACCCGGACCACAACCCCUUCGAGAACGUCGCCGACACCACCAUGUACUGGGCGCACCACGAAAAGUUCAUCGUCAUCGACUACGCAAUCGCCUUCAUCGGCGGCCUCGACCUCUGCUUCGGUCGCUGGGACGCCCGCCACCACCCGCUCGCCGACGUCCACCCGGAGGGCGUCACCGAGGAAAUCUGGCCGGGACAGGACUUCAAUAACAACCGCGUCAUGGAUUUCCAGAAGGUGGAGGACUGGCAGCAGAACGAGCUGAGCAAGGCGGAGUACGGCCGCAUGCCCUGGCACGACGUCGCCAUGGGCGUCAUUGGGCCAUGCGUGUACGAUAUUGCCGAGCACUUUGUCCUGCGAUGGAAUUUUACCAAGCGCGACAAGUACAAGCGUGACGACCGCUACGACUGGAUUGUCCUCGAGGGCCGUGAAGGUGAGGACGAGGACUUGGUCGGCGUGCAGCGACCCAAGCAUCCCUGUGGCGACUACGUCAAGCAUCCCCUGACGCCUCUCGCCACAAAGAACCUUGAAAAAAGAGGCACAGUCCACGCCCAGAUUGUUCGCUCCAGCGCUGAUUGGUCAAGCGGCAUUCUGACUGAGCACUCGAUUCAGAAUGCGUACUGCGAGAUUAUUCGCAAGGCUGAGCAUUACGUUUACCUGGAAAAUCAGUUCUUCAUCACUGCCACGGGCGAGCAUCAGAGCCCUAUCCAUAACACUAUUGGUCGAGCAAUGGUCGAUGCUGUUCUCAGGGCCGCCAAAGAGGAGCGCAAGUUCCGUAUCAUCGUCCUAAUCCCAGCCAUCCCCGGAUUUGCUGGCGACCUUCGCGAAAAUGCAGCGUCCGGCACCCGGGCCAUUAUGGACUACCAAUACAAGUCCAUCUGCCGCGGAGAGCACUCAAUAUUCGAGCAGAUCAAGGCGCAGGGCGUCGACCCCAAGCAGUACAUCUUCUUCUUUAACUUGAGAUCUUACGACCGCCUUAAUAGAACAAAGGCUCUCGUAGAGGCCGAAAAGAAGUCGGGUGUCAAGUAUCAGGAUGUACAGCGAGCGGAAGCUGAGGAAAUCAUGAAGGAGGGUAUCCACGGGACCAAUGACCCUGCCCACAAUGAGCGAGAUGAGCACAUGGGUACCCUUGAACAGCAAAAAUCCAAGGAUAAGGCCGCUAUCGUCGAAAAUGCAAUGGAGGCAAAACGCAAAUUCGAAGCAGCAAUGCCCAAAGAAAAAGAUACAAAGCUGCCGUCGCUUGCGCAUCAUGCCAUGGCUGGCCAAGGCCCCCUGACGGAGGAGGCUUGGGAUGAGGAUGGCGAUUCGGAGCAGGAGAUUCAGAACUGGACCCAGGAGGAACUGUACAUUCACUCCAAGCUCCUCAUUGCCGACGACCGGGUCGUGCUCUGCGGCUCCAGCAACCUCAAUGACCGUAGCCAGCUGGGGUACCAUGACAGUGAGCUGAGCAUCGUCAUGGAGGACACGCGCCGUAUCCCGAGCACCAUGGACGGUAAGACGUUCGAGGCCGGCUACCACGCGGCCACGCUGCGCCGGUACCUGUGGCGCGAACACCUGGGUCUGCUCCCGCCGCAGAACUUUGACGCGGGCGAGGACGACAUCAACGCGCAGCCGCCCAACGUCGCGCCGGAAAACGACAUCUACGACGGGGACGACAGCUACAAAUUUGUCGAGGACCCGCUGGGAGAUGAGCUCUGGACGCUCUGGACCGGCCGGGCAGACCGAAACACAGAGAUAUUUCGUCAUCUGUUUCAUUGCGAUCCAGACGAUCAUAUCAAAACAUUCGAAGACUAUGACCGUUACCUGCCACCGCGGGGCGUCAAGGCCGGUCACAUCUUCGAUCAAUUUAUGCCGGCGGCAGACGCGCGAGCCAAAUUGGACGAAAUCAAGGGCCACCUGGUGUGGAUGCCCAUGAACUUUCUGCAAGACGCCGAAAUGGCCGAGAGGGGACUGCAGGUUAAUUCGUGGACGGAGAGCGUGUACACGUAG